AUGCAUAAUUUUAAAGAGAAGAGGUUAACAUUUGGAGCACUCUUUGGAAGCUUGUUCAUGGCAUUAUUCGCCAUUCCUUUCGUCUUCAAGUUUUAUUUCUUGCAUGUUCAAUCAUCCAUGGAUGCUUCUGGAUAUCAAAUUACAAAGGUCAAGGAUCGUACAAGUCCUUUGCAGAAACUAGUUGGAGAGAGCUCAUCAGCCGAGCCGAUAUGCAGUCCGUGCAACUACGAACCGAUAUCGAAUUACUGCGAUAUCGAUGGGGACGUUGAAGUUCAGGGGAACUCUUCCACUAUAUCUAUUGUGGCAGGGAAUAUGUCUUGGACAGUAAAGCCUUAUGUCAGGAAGGAAAACGCAGCAGCCAUGGACCGUGUUAAGAGCUGGUCGGUAACCUCGAGGGGAUUCGUUAACUGCGACGUUACUCAAAGUGUUCCGGCCAUCCUUUUCUCACUCGGCGGAUUUUCGGGAAACCAUUUCCAUGAUUUCAGUGACCUUGUGAUCCCACUGUACUUAACUUCUAAACAAUUUAAUGGACAAGUGCAGUUCCUUGUGACAGAUAACAGGCCUUGGUGGAUUACCAAGUUCGAAAGAAUACUCCGAAAUUUAUCUCGAUAUGACAUUAUCGACAUCGAUCGAAAAGGGAAAACACAUUGCUACCCGAGGAUGAUCGUCGGGCUUAAAUAUCACAAGGAACUUGGUAUCAACCGAUCCAUGUCCCAAGACCAGCUAUCAAUGAAAGACUUCAGGCAGUUCUUGAGAAGAACCUACACAUUGAAGAGGCAAAAAGUAAUCAAGACACGGGCUGCUGCCGGUAAAAGGCCUCGGCUGCUGAUCAUAACCAGAAGAAGAUCUCGAUUGUUAACGAAUACCGACAAAAUAAAGAGAAUGGCUAUGAGCUUGGGGUACAAUGUAGCAACAAUAGAGCCUAAUCUCUCGACCAGCUUGGCCAGUGUUGCACAAACAGUGAAUUCUUGUGAUGUGAUGAUGGGCAUCCAUGGAGCUGGACUAACAAACAUGGUGUUCCUCCCCGAUAACGCAAUCGUAAUCCAAGUAGUUCCUUUAGGAUUCAUCGAUGGGUUGGCUAGAAAAGACUUUGCAGAGCCUGCCACGGAUAUGAAGUUAAGGUACUUGGAGUAUAAAAUAAGGGCAAAAGAGAGCACUCUAACGAGUAAGUAUGAUAUGGACAAUUUGAUCAUUAAAGACCCACUAUCAGUUCAUAAAAAGGGAUGGGAUGCAGUAAGGUCAACGUAUUUGGAUAAACAGAAUGUGAAGCUUGACGUUGGGAGGUUUAGAGCUACAUUGUUAAAAGCACUUCGGUUGCUUCAUCACUGA